UUGAUUAGUCACCACAACGUGUGUUAUCUAGUCCGGACUCGAUCCGAAAGGAUGAUAAUGUUCCGGUCAUCUUGAGUUGGGAGUGGAACCCAUUUACUUGUGGAGAGAGAUAAGUGUGAUGCUGUAACAAAGCGUGUCAAUAUAUCGGGGUUACAAUGGCAGACGAUACCAAAGUACCAAAUCAGGAUGAAAUCUUGUCACUACUGGAUAAAACCGGACAGAAUGAUGAAAACCAGCUAAAAACAUCAAAAGAUGAGAAAAAUCAGAACAAUUGUGUGGGGGAACCUGGAGAUCUGCUUCCUCCAGCUGAAGUAGAGAAAAGGGGAAUAACUCCUACAGGAUCAAAAGGAGAGAUGGAGGAAGUAACCGCAGAGGAGAAAAUUUCCUUUAUAAAGAGAAUGAAAACAGAUCCAUCAUAUAAAGAAAAAGUUAUAUUGAGCCUGAGCAUCUGCUGGUCUUUUGUGAUACUGGGUUGGCUGGUUGCUCAAUUCGGGCCUUCCUUCCUCGACCUACGAAUCAUCACCAAUACAGAUCUGAAGAAGGCCUCUAGCUUUCUGACCAGUGGUUCUGUGGGAUACCUGGUAGGUUCCCUCGUUAGUGGGAUGCUGUUUGACCGAUUCAACAAGAUCCUCCUGCUGUUUAUAUACACCUUCACCGGAGUGUUUUUCUCUGCCGUUCUACCCUGGUGCUUCCUUUACGAGCUCAUGAUGACAGUGCAGUUUUGUCGUGGAUUUUAUGGCGGAGGACUUGAUACAGGUGGGAAUGCUCUGUUGAUUUCAACAUGGGGCCAAGAUGGACGAUCCUUUUUACAGGCUCUCCACUUUUCAUUUGCUAUUGGAGGGAUCCUUUCUCCGUUAGCGACUGCACCGUUUCUAUUGGAAGAAGGAAGCCUAAGAGCAGAUAACUCUAGUCUGAGAAUUAACAGCACAGCAUAUGACGGAGAUUUGAACAUAUCUCAAAUAUUUUACAACACCUCAACAAGGUUCCCCUUAGAACCUGGUAUAUCAACCAUGGUUCCGGACCCUGCGGCUGGUUACAAACCUGAAGAUUCGAAACUAUACAUAGCUUUUACUAUCUCCGCUGCGAUGAAUCUGUCGAGUGCAAUACCAUUCCUUAUCUUAUAUUUACAAGCAAGGAAACGUAAGAGGAAAAAUUCCAUAAAGAACGUAGAGGAGAGCAAGAGAAUAACGAGAGAGUUACCACAGACAUACAAGGUGCUAGUCCUAGUCAGUGUGUGUUUCUAUCUAGGGAUGUAUUGCGCCGUCGAAGACACAUUUAACUCCUUUCUCACAACAUUUUGCGUCCAACACAUGGGAUGGACCAAGGCUCAUGGUUCCUAUGCUACCUCCCUGUUUUGGGCUGUUUACGGGUUGGGUAGGUUUUCAGGAAUUUGGUUAAUCAAAUGGAUUAAACCUGACAGAAUGAUCUUUGGGUUUACAAUAGCUUUAGGAUGUGUAUUAGGUGCGUUUCUAGGAUUUGGACAUUUUAAAGUUGAUAGUGGUAUCUGGGUUUGUGCAAUCCUGACAGGAGCAGCAAUGUCGAUCAUAUUCCCGACGGUGUUUUCUUGGACAGAAGAAGAACUUUUGCCGGUAUCUGGAAAAGUUGCAUCUUUAUUCCUGAUUUCAGCGUCCAGUGGGACUAUGAUAAACCCCAUUGUAUUAGGUUAUCUGAUGCAGGUUUUGUCUCCGGCUUGGUUCACCUAUCUACUGUUCGGAGAAAGUGUAGUGUUGAUUAUUCUGUUUAUCAUACUUUUAUUGAUAGCAAGGUUACUUAAAUCUAAAUUUGGUACAAGUUGUACAUUUAAGGAUGUAGAAAUUGAGUUGAAGACCAGUGACGACAUUGAAACAGAAAGUCUGGUAGAACCUGUACAAACAAUACUAUCAGAUGAAAACAAACAAGUUUGAUCACUUUUUGUAUUAUGUGUCUCAAAUUAUGGCCGAGAAAAUGAUAUAUCAAUUUAAUGCGUUUGUAAGGAUAGUGGUGACCAGUCAUUGUCAAGGGCUGUACUAGACAAGUUUUACCGGGGACUUCGCAUUUUACAUACCCUGUUUUACUACUGGGAUUGAGUAGAUGUUUUUUAACCCAAUCGAUAAAAAACACCAUUUGCAGCCGAAAUAUCGCCCUUUUUGAGAAGAAGUUUUCUGUAUUCUGCCCCUUCCUUUCAACAAAAAUGAAAAAUAUUCAUGCAUUUUAUACUUAUUCCCUAAAAUAUAUCAUACUGUGUUGAUUUGCCAUCAAACACCAACCUAAAUUGGACAAUAAAAAUGUCACCAAAAAAAAUAAUUUCUGAACUCUACAAGGUGUCUUUAAUGACCGCUGCCAGGAGCUGAUGCCCGACUAAACUUUCCCCAAAUGACAAGAGGACAACUAACUGUAUCUUUCCAGAUAAACUCCCGGUAGCCUUUACAAAUAUUCAUAUUAUAUUCAUUUUAUAACAUAAAACCGAAUAGAUUUUUUUUUUUUUUUUUUCUCUCUUAAGGUUUUAUAAGGUUAGAUAAUGAAGGACUUUUGCUUAGAUUUGACCAUACUCGCAUAUUUACAACAAAGUAUUUACUGAGGUGCUAUGUUACCAACAAAUUUACAAGUACUGGAAGGAGGAAAUCUUAUAAUAUAUUGUAGAUAGCUCUAGUCUGACAAUUGUUAACAUACAUAUAUUGUACCUCUAAUGUAUUACAAUACCUCAAUGAGCUCCCUCCAUUCCAGCAUGUUUCUAGAUUUCUGCCAUCAAGGGCUUGUAACAAAAUAAGUCUUGUAAAUUUGAUCAUUUUAUUUAUUAUCCUUUUUCAAGGAAUUGAUCUUUUAUUUGAUAUAUAUUGUGCCACAGACUUACAUGUUGUUUUUACCAGAGUAUACCAGUGGUUGUUUUGUUUUUACCAGAGUAUACCAGUGGUUGUUAUCUAUAGCAUUUAAGCAUUACAUUAAGUUUUGAUAUAUUGUAGUAGAUUUGGUAACAUUUGUUCAUUCAUUAUUUUUAAUUUUGAUGUGUAAAUUAAAGUAUUUUCUGUGUCGAGAUAUGAUAAAGACUUACAGCCCCAGUCAAUCAGUUAUGAUCGGUCACACAAAUGAGAUAACCUAUUUCUCACAAACACUUUCUAUAUUUAUAUAUAUCUGUUUGCUAUAUACCAUAUGCUAUCGAGCUGCUGGCGUCAGUAAAGAUGUCUGUAAUUGGCCAACUGUGAUCAUUGUGAUCAGAUAAAAAAUCAUGGAGAUAUCAAUAUUUUUUCUAAAAAAGAUAGGCACUUAUGACAUCAGUUUCAAUAAUUAUGUUUAGAAAAUAAAAUGUUUGACAGAA